GAACGUGAUAUUUAAUAGUAAUAGAAUUAGAACUUUGAAGGGUGUUCAAUUUGCACAGCAUCUUUCACUUUCAUCUCAUGCAGGGCUCUCAGUUACUUAAAACAGCUCUGGCCAUAUUGGACUCAUUACUAGUAUGAUAUUGAGCUUCGAGGACUGUGCUAACAUCUUGUGUUCUCCCUGCUGUAAUCCUUAGCUUUUCCAUAAACACAAGGAAGAAGAGGGUCAGGUUUCUUGUUAUGCUUCUGUGUUUUCUUUCUCUUCCAUUCUCCUUUACAUGUUUUAGUUCAAGCAUAAUUUCUGGAUCCUGUUCUUCUUUUCAUGAUACCAGAAUCUGUUGUAUUCCUUUUCACAAAAUGCUGAUAAUUUUCUGCAGGGAGGACCCAUGUUGGAAUUUGUCUUGAUAUCAACUUCCUUGUAAUUUAGUUCAAUAUGUACUAGUAGAGUUCACACCAAACAACUCUUGUUUUGUGUUUAUUUUUAUCAACUUUGCUUCAUCCAUCUUGUGUGUGAGUGUUGUCUCUGAUUGUCCUGUUUUUGACUCAAUAACCUCAUGAAGAGCUUCAAGGCUUUCAGUCAUGCAAUCAUUGCUCUUUUCAUAAUCUGUCUAAGAGCAAGGAGCUAUGGACAAACAGAACUUGAUGUAGCUCCAAUGGAGAAAAAAGAGAAGGAUGCUCUAUACUCCACCAUUCAAGGCUUUGUUGGUGAUUGGUGGAAUGGCUCAGAUCUCUAUCCAGAUCCUUGUGGUUGGACUCCUAUUCAGGGGCUCUCUUGUGAUUUGUUCAAUGGGUUUUGGUAUGUCACUGCCAUGAAAGUUGGACCUAUUGACGACAAUUCUCUAAGAUGUGCCAAAAUUGUACAAUUUAGACCACAGUUGUUUGAGCUCAAACACCUAAAAGCUCUAUCCUUCAUCAAAUGCUUUGAAUCACAGCACAGGAAUCCAGUUACCAUCCCCAAUGGAAACUGGGAAAAACUUGCAGGCACCUUAGAAUCACUUGAGUUCAGAUCAAACAAUGGUCUAACUGGAAAAAUCCCUUCAAGUUUUGGUGUCCUAAGGAACCUUCAGUCACUGUUAUUACUAGAAAAUGGCUUAACAGGUGAAAUUCCACCAGAAAUUGGCAACCUCAGUAACUUGAAGAGGCUUGUUCUUGCUGGCAACUAUUUCACUGGGAAGAUUCCAGAUAUUUUUAGUGCACUAAAUCAGUUAUUAAUCCUUGAUUUGAGUAGAAAUUCAUUGUCUGGGACUUUGCCUCUGACACUUGGAAGCUUGACUUCCCUUUUGAAGCUUGAUGUGAGCCAUAACCAUUUGGAGGGGAGUUUGUUGAAGGAAUUUGCUUAUCUUAAGAAUCUAACCCUUAUGGAUCUAAGGAACAACACUUUCUCGGGUGGAUUGACCUUGAGUUUUCAAGAGAUGCAUUCUUUAGAAGAAAUGGUUCUGUCCAACAAUCCAAUAGGUGGAAACAUCAGGACCUUAAAGUGGAAAAAUCUUCAGAACUUGGUAAUUUUGGAUCUCUCUAACAUGGGAUUGACAGGGGAAAUUCCUGAGUCUCUAUCAGAAUUGAAGAGGUUGAGAUUUUUGGGGCUCAGUGACAACAACCUCACAGGAAACCUUUCACCAAAACUAUCAUCUCUUCCUUGUCUCAGUGCACUCUAUGUUAGUGGAAACAAUUUAACUGGAGAGCUUAAAUUCUCUACAGAGUUUUAUGGAAAAAUGGGAAGGCGUUUUGGGGCUUGGAGCAACCCUAGCCUUUGCUACCAAGUUGGAGUAAUGUCAACAAGCCAUGUUCCUUAUGGUGUAAAACCUUGCUAGCAUGAGAUCAAAUUGCUAGAAUCUAGCACAAAAAAUGGGGAUGUGAACAUGACAUUCCAUUCCAUAGCAUCUUUGGCAUUUUUGAGCUAUGUCCCCAAUGGCUUCUGGUGGACUUUUCUGCAAGAAAUGUUGGUGAUGGGUUUGUUCUUAAAUUCUUACACAGGUCUUUAAUCAAGAAGAGUUCCACAUAUUGAAGUGUGGCAGUAACCUGUAUUGUUCUUUUGUAUUUUGUUCUAAUAUAAUUAAGCUGACAGUCUUUCGCGAUGUUAGUUGGUUUCAUGUAAUUAACUAUCUUAACAUAGCCAUUUCAGCUAUUUUAAUU